CAUCAGCUUUGAAAAAUCCCGAGAGAGGGUGGUAGCAUCUGUUUCAGACAAAUAUGAAGACAGACAUCUUACUUUUUGUUCUCCUCUGCCUCCAGGCUAAAAUUCUAGCAGAAAAUUUCAAUGAAUCUGCCCAGCUGGGGUUGAUUGAAUACCAUAACAGAGGCUUAAAAUUAACCUGCCACUAUCCUGAAGAUGUCCGGGACUUUAAAAUGCAGUUGCUGAAUGGGACUGGAAAGCAGAAAAUCUGUGAACUCAAAAAAGAUAAUCAAGUUGUUCAAAUGACCAAGGAGUUGGUAUCUUGUCAUCCCCAGCUUUCCAAGACAAGUGUAAUUUUCUUCUUGUCUGACUUGAACAGCACUCAUACUGGCCAUUACUUCUGCAGUCUACAUAUUACUUUUCCUCCUCCUUACCAGAACAGUACUUCAAAUGGAGUUUAUGUACAUAUCUACGAAUCAAAUUCUUGCUUCCAUCUGGUCUUAUGGCUAUCUAUUGGAAUUGCAUUUCUCCUCUUUUUUACUGGAAUAUUUAUUGGCACAUUUUUUUACUGUGUAAGAAAAAAGAUGAGCCAAAGUCAAUCUAGUUUGCAUGAAACUAAUAGUGAAUACAUGCCUAUGGCAGCAGUGACCGCAGCUAAAAACCCUGGAUUCAAAGGUAUGAGCACAUAAUCUGAAACUCAGAUGUCCAGGCUGGGAAGCAUGCAAGUCAACUCUUUCUACUUGGAAUUCCCUAUUCUUCUUUUCAUUCAACCAGGGUUUUGAAUUCAUUUCGUUAUACUAUACAUGGAUCCCAGUGACUAUAUCUGUCAAUGGCUUUUCAACAGCUUGGGACAGUUGGGCCCAGCUCAGAGACAACAUAUGGUUUAUCUACAUUGGCCCCAGACAAAAAUAAACACAUCCAAAAAAAAGCUCAAAAAGGAAUGAAGCAAAUGCUAUGGAAUCUCUUCUAAGGAAAAUCUCUAGCACUUACCCUCAGAUCACUCACAGACUACCUCUUCUUUUCUGUGGAGUCCAGUUUACCGUUACUUAGCAGGUACCCUAGAAGCUUGAAAUAUACCCAUGGGAUAAUAGGGGGAAAUACUUGAAAUAUACCUAAGGACUUUGAAGAUAUUGGGCAGCCCUGCAGUGCUACAGUAUUGUUCUGACUUCAAGUGUCUUAGGAACUCCAGGAUGCAGCUCGGAAAGAGCUUAAAUAGCUUUUAUUUUCUCCUAGAAUUCUCUUAUUUACUCAUUUCAUUCUGUGAAUCUACUUGUCUAUCAAGCAGAGUCAAGGGGAUAUUUCUAUAUUAUUUCUCUGAAGGUCAAAAAGACUUUAAGACCUCAAUAAAUAUAAUUGGUUUUCCCUAAAACAAAUGAUCUGUCACAUAAGCCCAUGUUGUUACUUCAAAUUUACCUAUUCAUAUCAGCUACUUCAGUAUCAUCAGUGAUAGGAAAUACUACUCAGACUUGCUGUAGCUUCCGAUGUUGUAGUAUUUGGUGGCUACCAGCCAAUGUCAUUUUCAUAGAUCCAAUUUAAACAGAAGAUUUUCUGUGGCAAUGUGGCACUCUUCUAGUGGAGGACUGACUGGUAACUUGCUUGAAAAGUUCUAGGCUGGCUAAAUGGCCAAUAAUCUCAAUAAAACUGCUAUUUGAACCUUGCAUCCUUAUAUGCUAGAGGAGCUCCCAGAAUUCCUAGACCCAAGGAGUUAAGGUGGAAAGACCUGUUAUAGGCCACAUGGUCCUGGAAUAAGCACUAAGAGAUCUGUCUCCAUCAUAAAGGUUGAAUGACUUCCAUUGCUAUGCCCUAGCUCCAGGUCCUUUUGCUUUAGGGUUUGCAAACAACUUGAGGAGUCACAGGGACCUCAAGCUGGACCAGUUCACCCUAGAACUCACUAGGAAGUACUGAGUUUCUGAUAGGACCAUAGAAUACCUCCUCAUUCGUGGUGGAGUUCUGACUAUCUAGAAUAGAAUGAGAUAGAUUUCUUUUGAAACCUCCUUCAUCAAGAAUACAUUUAAAAUGCAAUCCUUGGUUCUAAUAUCCCCUCUGCUUUUUUUUUUUUUAACAUAGUCACAGCUUCCAAGUUACAAAAAUGUAUGUAGGUUCUGUUUUAUCUCUUAUGUGAAAUGAGUGUCUAGUAGCAUGCAAAAUGAUAGUCUAGAAUCCUUAACAUUUUAGUUAUCAAUAAUAUCAUUAUGUAUACCUAUGUGCUUUAAGUAUGCAUAAUGUUGUUUGUACAGUACAAUACUGAACUUGUAAUUUGAAUCAAGUUUUGAUGUUCACUGCCUUCAACUCAGCUGGACUAACUCGUUCUGAAGAGAUUUUUCCAAAAGUCUUUUUUGACUAAAGGUAUUGAGAGUGGACAGGUAGGCUGAACUUUGGUAUGUUGGCCUUUUGGCCAACAGGUACAUUAAUACAAUUCUCUUUCUGUCAACAGCAUUGAACAUUUCAAAGUAAAUUUAUUAA